GUUUGGCAAUAUCUCUCGGUUGUCAAUUUUUAAUUUAACAGUUUGUUAUGGUUUCUAAUAUUUUCCGAACUGCCUAAAGUGUGUUAUUUAAUUCAAAUUUAGGCAUUAUUGUUACAUAUCUACACUAAUUGGCAAAAAAGAAUGAACAGACGCGAGUACUUGGAACGGAAGGCACGUGAAGACCAAGAAGCUACAGCUCACGUUUUCCAAGAAUUUAUAAACACAUUUCAAGAUGUACCUGCGACUAGCAAGACAUUUAUCAAAACUGGCGUAUUGUUCACCGAUAAUAAUCCGGAGAACACCGUAGAAGGACAAAUUUAUCAGCCGAAACCUAUUCUAAAGAAUCCACUACUUAUGCAAAAUGUACUCGAAUGCGCUAGACUUGUUAAAGACACUAAAAUUGAUAAAAACAAGAAAUACGACAAAACCAAGUCGAAUUUAGAAACGUUGAAAGAGGAGCUGAAGCAACGGCAUUCGGAAAAAGAUGAGCGCGAUCGAAUAAAGGAACAAAUUAUAUCGGCACCUCCAGCCAUUAGCUAUUUUGAUGGAGGAGACCCUAAUUCAACUAAUCUAUUUGUGGCCAAUCUCAACACUUCAAUUACAGAAGCUGUUUUAAUGGAAGAAUUCGGUUUAUUUGGACCACUGGCAAGUGUCAAAAUUAUGUGGCCGAGAGGAGACGACAAGUUUAAACAUGCAAAUACUAAUUACGGCUUUGUGGCUUAUAUGAGCCGUGUAGACGCUGAGAGGGCUCUAAGGCAUAUGCGGCCUAGGACUGAUAUGCGUGUGGGUUGGGGUAAAUCAGUGGAACUACCCAGUCAUCCUAUUUAUAUACCUCAAGAAUUACUUAGACUAUACCUGCCACCUCCGUAUACUGGAUUACCAUUUAACGCACAAUCAAAUAGCAAUGAAACUAUCAAAGAUUUGGAUGAAAAUAUAGAUGAGAUUUUAUAUGAUUCGGUGGUGAAAGUAACAAUUCCUUUGAAUAGAAAAAUUGUGGCACUUGCCAACCGAAUGGUCGAAUUCGUCGUAAAAGAAGGUCCCUUGUUUGAAGCAGUAAUUAUGAAUCGAGAAAUGGACAAUCCCGAAUUUAACUUCUUAUUUGACAAUAAGUCCCCAACCCAUGUGUACUAUAGGUGGAGACUUUUCUCAGUGUUGCAAGGAGAACCUACAAAACAUUGGAGCUUAAAGCCUUUUAGAAUGUUUGAAGGAGGCUCGAUAUGGUUACCACCACGGUUAGUAAAUUAUUCAGAUGGCAUGCCAGAGCACUUGGUAAAAUUUAAAAUUGAUGGUUCGAAACUUACAGAUAACCAAUGCGAACGGCUAAUUGAGGUAAUUCGGAACUUGACGUUAGCCAAAUCUUCAAUACUCGAAGCAAUGAUGUUUUGUAUGGAUUAUGUAGCAGCAAUUAAUGAUAUAUUUGACAUUUUAGUAGAUUCAUUAUGCAACAAGAGCACAAAACCUCCUGAUAAAGUAUCCAGGAUGUAUUUGCUUUCUGACGUUUUGAGUAACUGUGUUGCCAAAAAUAUAUCAGUUUGCAAUGUAGAACGUGAUAUGGAUAAAAUAAUACGCCAUCUGCAAUUAUGUUUUGAUAACAUAAAUCAGGACAAUGACCGCCAAAUUUAUUCCAAGAGAAUAUUGCGAGUUUUACAGCAAUUCAGCAUUAUUGGAAUUAUAUCGGAUGAUGUACUUAAAAACACAGAAACAUAUUUCAAGAAGAGUUUUCCUGUAGUAUCCGAUGAAGGGGGUAAUUCUAGCAGCGACGAACCACUGGAUGGGGCUGCGUUACUGAAACGCUCUUUGAAAGUUAAUAAAGCAGAAAAUUGUAUGACCCCUGCUGCCUUAAAAGCGAAACAAACUAACGCGAUUCCAAAGGAAUAUUUUGUUUUUUCCAAAUGGGAUACUAUAGAUCCAGAGGAAGUCGAAGCUCAGGCAAUGUCUACUUCAAAAAUGUCUUAUAUGGACUCUAACGGAUUAAAUUUGUCAGAUGAAAACGAUUCUCAUCUUAUAUAUGACAAAACUAAGAAGCGGACCGUGGAUAAAUUACUAUCGGACAAUGAGAGAAACGAAUACUCCCUUAAGAAAAAAAAUAAGAAGAAAAAGCGAAGAAGCAAACAAUAAUGUAAGGUGUUAAAUAGAUGUU